AUGGAGAGCAAUCAGGACCGGAAAAUCGUGGAGCCGCAAACGGCUCCAAAUGUCCAGCCAGUGGCACUGGAGAAUCAAAAGCAAUCAUACUCUUCGAAAAUUAAUCAAAUUACUCAAACUGCUUCAUCGUCACCUGGUCAAAUUACUGUGAGAAAUCACCCCGAGAACGAACCUGGAGAAUCAAGAACAAUGAAGCACAGGAAAAUCGUGCAGCGGCAAACUGCUCCAAAAGUCCACCCUUUGGCUCCGGAAAACCAACAGAAAUCAAAACUUAAGUCAUUUAUUCAAACUGAUUCAUCAUCGCCUGGUCAAAUUACUGUGCCGGAGCAGACAAGAAAUCGGCAUGAGAACGAACCUGGAAAAUUUAAAGCAAUCAGGCACCGGAAAAUAGUGCUGCCGCAAACGGCUCCAAAUGUCCACCCGCUGUCGGAAUCAUUGAAAUUUCAGUCAACUAUUCAAACUGCUUCAUCAUCCCCUGGUCAAAUUACUGUGCCAGAGCAGACAAGAAAUCAGCAUGAGCACGAAACUGGAAAAUUGAGAGCAAUCAGGCACCAGAAAAUAGUGCAGCCGCAAACGGCUCCAAAUGUCCAGCCUGUGGCACCAGAAAAUAGAGAGCGAUCAGACUCGUCAAAACUUCAGUCAAAUAUGCAAACUGCUUCAUCAUCGCCUGGUCAAAUUACUGUGCUGGAGCAGACAAUAAAUCAGCAUGAGACCGAACCUGGAAGUGCACUAUCUCCUACUUCUAAGCUGCCUUCAAAAAAACUCAGCCUCCAUCAUAUCCAUCACAUUCAAUGCAGGCCCCUCUCCAGCCAAAUUAUCAGGUUGGAGGUCAUCAUUUACGCCCAGAAUAUAAUCGAAUUGGAAGCUCUAAUCAAGAUUAUAGAGGAUCUUCUUGCCACCAGUUCUCCAAGAGAGUGGUGGGGGUGGAAAACACUCUUUGGAGCAAAGGAAUCAAGGGUUGCAUUGGCAGCAAAUGCUACCACUAUCUUCUACUUCUGGGUGGGCACCAUCUUUUACUUUCUGGAAGCCUUCAAAUAUCCGUCCCUGCUCCAGCCACCUUAUCAGGUCAGAGGUCAUCAUUUAGGCCUACCAGGUCUCCAAGAGAGUAGUGGUGGUGGAGGACUCAUUCCCGGCUUUCCACAAUUCCCUGGCUAUUUGGGACCUGGCAAUCAUCCUGCUCGGCCUCUGUUCACGCCGAGGUAA